UAGGACACUUGUUAUGGGACAAAGGGAGUAAUAUUUACGUAGCAUAUUAGAGAACAUUUCAAGAAUAUAGAAUAGAGAUAUAUCGUCUCUCUCUAGAAAUUUUUUAUACAAUUGUCAGAAACUUAGAUAAUAAAGGAGUUGGGAUAUCUCGAGUUGCUUUAAGGUAGAAGAAGGUAGAUAUAUACAAUGAUACAUAGGUGUAUGUGAGGCUCUUUCUUAGAUAAAGCAGUUGGGAUAUCGUAAUUAAUAAUUUUCGCAAUUAAAGAUUUGCACAUUUUUCAGUGAUCACGACACUUUUAUUUUAUUUUCAAAAUGAAUGACCAAUAUAUUUAUGAUCUAGUUAUCAAAAGUGGUCAAAAAUAAAUAUUAAAUUUGCAGAGUCAAAGAUUUAAACCAUGGAUUACACUUGGACAAAGGUAAGCAAACAAAGCCAAAAGCUAGCGAAUGCCACCAUACAUUUGUAGGAAACGACAGUCGACAAAGUCAAGAAAGCAUAUAAAUUGAUGCCGAUCAUCAACUGAUUCCAUUGUUUAAGUGCUAUGCAACAGCAUCUUCCCAAAUUCAUAUAAAAUCAAAUUGUGCAUCCAUAAUGUUAAGCAUAUUUUUGUACAAUCUACGUUUACUACAUGCUGAUGGAGAUGAGCUGCAAAUACUUCAAGGUAGGAAGGUGCGAAGGGCAGAAGGUGGUGGACGGCGAAGCUGUCCCGCUAGUGCUGCAGCCCCCGGAGGGCGGCGGAGGCGAGGUGGAGGGGCUGCUGUGGGCCAUAAGGGAGAACAAGGAGUGGUUCGAGAAGACGAUAGUGAAAAACAGUGCCGUCCUCCUCAGAGGCUUCCACGUCAAGAAUGCACACGAGUUCAACGACAUAGUCGAGGCCUUCGGGUGGGAGGACAUACGGUACGUGGGGCCCGCCCCGCGCACGCAUGUCUACAAGAGGGUCUGGACGGCCAACGAAGGCCCCCUGUCGGAGUUCAUAUACUACCACCAUGAGAUGGUCUUGAUAAAAGAAUUCCCAGAGAAGGUAAUUCUCUUCUGUGAAGUACCUCCACCAGAAGGAGGAGAAACUCCGAUCGUGCCUAGCUUCCGUGUAACGGAGAGGAUGUUGGAAGAGUACCCGGAGAUGGUGGAGGAGAUGGAGAGGAAAGGACUGAGAUACACCUUCACGGCCCUAAGCAAAAACGAUACAUCUUCCAUGAGAGGUCGAGGUUGGGAAGAUGCAUUUGGAACUUCAGAUCGCGUAGAAGCAGAGAAGAGGGGCAAGGCAUUAGGAAUGGAGAUGGAAUGGCUGGCAGAGGGCGGGGUGAAGACGAUACUAGGUCCCAGGCCUUUGACAAGGGUGUUCGAGGGAAGAAAAGGAAGGAGGAUGUGGUUCAACACCGUCGUUGGAAUGCACGGUAACGAGCUCAGCUCCGCCACCAUGGCCGAUGCAAGUGAAAUACCGGACGAGGAGAUCAUCGAAGAAGAGAGCAUCCAAUUCAAGUGGCAAAAGGGCGACGUUUUGUUCCUCGAUAACUUAGCUUUACUUCAUGGUAGAAGGCCUUCCCUCCCACCGAGAAAAGUGUUGGUUGCUACAUGCAAAUAAACCAUCACUAUCAACACUGAUUUCACAAAAAUGAUCACUUACUUAUGAUUACACAAAAUAGUGAAUUAUGACCAUUUUAUCACAACAAC